AUGUUAGUGUGACGAAGUUGAGUAAGGGGACUAGCCAGGACAGAACGAGUGGAUUCUCCCACACGCCUUUCAUCGAACACCUAUCCAUCUCCAACAACGUGUCAAUCUACCAACAACCCACGCACGCGCCCUUCCAAGCCGAAGCCUACUGAAACUGGCUUGUGUUGUGCCGUUUAGCUUCUUCUUCACCAUAUUCUCCUUCUUUUCUCAGAUUCAGCAGUAACUAUGAAUCGCGUUGCAUUGCCCAAAUCCAUUGCCCAGCGUUUCAGAGGCAUCCACCACAGCCCGCGGAACCAGUGGUGUAAUAACAACCGUUGCGAAACGCAGGUCCAAAGUGCUGGGCCCGUGGCUUCUCUCCUCAAGUCCCGUUCCGUCAUACGGUUCCGCGGGCCUGACACCCUCAAGUUCCUUCAGGGCCUGUUGACCAACGAUGUACGGAGGUUGGGUGAGCCCGUUGGUGACAGAACCGAAAACUUGCCCACGCCCAACGUGCCUGCUACAUCGUUUCCUCCUAUCUAUGCUGCUCUAUUGACUCCUCAAGGAAGAUUCCUCUACGACCUCUUUCUCUAUAAGCCUCCCACGUGCGACACCAAGCUCGAUGACACCGGCACUGGACCUGAUUCCCAACCACACGAACCCUUUCAUUUGUUUGCUGACGUCGAUUCUUCUGUGUUGGAUGAAUUGUUGCAAACCCUCAACAAAUACCGGUUGAGGUCAAAGGUUGAGAUUGAUGAUGUCUCAAGUGAUUUCUCGUGCUGGCAGCGUUAUGGUGCUGGCCUUCUUGAGAAGACCUCACAAGUAGAAGAACCAGAAGCAGCCUCUGUAGGCUGGGGUGCUGGUGUGGAUCGUACUGCAAUGUCAUCCUCUCAAGGGAGUGAUCAAGGGUGGCAAUGGUUUAAGGAUCCCAGAUUGGUCUGUCUUGGUUUCAGAGGGAUCUUCCCGUCGAAUAUAACUCCACCUCUAAUUGAGGUGGACAAAGAGACUGAUGAACAGAAUUUCCUUCUGUGGAGAAUAGAGAAGGGAGUAGCAGAAGGAUCAACUGAGAUUCCAAAAGGUGAGGCAGUACCGCUUGAGUAUAAUCUUGCAGGCCUUAAUGCAAUUAGCUUUGACAAAGGUUGCUAUGUCGGCCAAGAACUCAUAGCUCGUACACAUCACAGGGGGGUGAUUCGUAAGCGGAUAGUUCCUCUAAGGUUUCUAGAUAACGAUGGGAAAGAGUUGGUAAACAAAGUCAUUCCAGGCUCAGAAGUAAUGAACACUGCAUCUGGCAAACAAGCUGGUACAGUGACUACUGCCCUAGGAUGUCGUGGGCUGGGGCUCUUGCGACUAGAGGAAGAAGCUUUAAAGGGGUCGAGUGCCUUGUCCGUUCAGGGACAAGAGGAUGUGAAGGUUGUCGCUAGUAGACCAGAUUGGUGGCCUUCUGAAUGGCUUCAAGAUCAUGGACAGCACGCUGCUUUUGCCUAGGAUGCCCAAUGUCGUUCAAAGGGCGAGUAUUUAUGAUGAACAAUUUCGUGGGUGAAUGAAUAAUUUGUAAAUGGGGGCGUUAAUGUGAUCCUAAUGCUUCCAGUGGGUGAAUAGUUGGUAAAAAAGGGAAAAAUGAAGAUGGCACUAGUGGAUUUUCUUGCGGAAUGAGUUUCAUUAUAGUAAUGGUAGUAUGCUAUUUUUCCUCCAUAGAACCUUAACAAUUUUGUAAUCAUAUGACAUCACCCCCCUUGGGGGUCGAGUUCUUAUCCAACAUUUCAUCAUCCCCCUUGGAACCAUGACCUCUCUUGUUGGUAAAGUCACGGUGAUUCAUUUGAUUCAUAAUCUCUCCUAAUCCAUGGUUAUUCAUCGGUGGCGCAAGGUUAGAAGAGCUAUUGUUUGCGAAAAAAUAAAGUUGGGUAAUUGAUAGCAGUAUGAAUGAGAAUCAUUUCAGAUUUGCGAGUGGUGUUCA